AAACUAUACGCAGUGCGUACAGCCCUUCGAUUCUGUCUCUCUCGCGCCAAAUACUGCGACGGACCACCACCAACCCACGAAAAUUAUCCGACGAUGGCAUUCAAAGCGAAUCCCUUCUCUCUAACCGUGCCCGAACACGCCUUCGAGUCCUGGCUCCGUGACUCCGGCUACCUCGAGGUCCUCGACCAGCGAUCCUCCUCCUUGGCAGCCGCCACCGCCGCCGACACCUCCUCCUCCGGCAACGACGCCGCCUCCGACCCUUACGGCCCCGGGUUCUUUGCCUCCGUUUUCUCUGGUUUGGGAACCCUGCUGUCUCUCGUGACUCUCAACCCCCUGUCGAAGCUCACCACCGACGAUUUGUCCGGCGAGACCCCGUCCUGGACCCACGGCUUCAUCGGUUCCUGCGACUCGUACUCGUUCCCCUCGUCGCCCACUCAGGCUCGGCUUAGGGUUCACGAGAAUGUCAAGCGUUUCGCUCGCAACUACGCCACUCUGUUCAUCCUCUUCCUCGCUUGUGCUCUGUACCAGAUGCCAUUCGCUCUUAUCGGACUGCUGUCAAGUUUGGCGCUCUGGGAUUUUCUUAAGUUCAGUAGUGAUAAGUGGGGAUUGGAUCAACGCCCUGCAAUCCGCCAAUGUUUGGUUCGCACAGCCCAGAUUGUAACUGCUCUUAUUUUGAUAUGGUGCAAUGUCCAAAUGGCACUUUUCUGUGCGCUCUGUGUCAGUUAUGCUGCCUUGAUGUUGCAUGCUGCGUUCCGGAAACUGACGCCAUCAAAACCUCCUCACAAAAAGAGGAAGUAGAAACCCUGAGCCAAACAAGGAGAAACUUGCUGUCUGACUGGGUGCAGAUUUGCCAGGAUUAAUGCGCUCUUCUAUGCAAACUCAUGCUUCCCCCCCCUAACCGCGAUAGUGCUGAACGUGAAGACGUGAUAGAACUUAGUGCUCCUUUGCGUGGUACAUGUCAUAUACCACAAUGAAGACGGUGAUAAGAAUUAUUGCUUCGCGGAAUGGUGCUAAAUGUCGAAUUUUGCUCUGCUAAUUUGUCUAAUAGUUUCAUAGGGUAACCGUGUUGAGUGAGUUUUUUGCGCUUUUGCU